UGACCUCGGGAACGCGAUGGCUUUGUCUGACGCCUCCCAGGCAGGCGGCACCGACCAGGCUGAGCACCUGGGCCGGCCCUCUGUGCCCAGGGCAGGAGAGGGCCCGCAGCCCCCCGGCCUCCCCAUCGGCCCACCCCAGGCCGGCUCAAGGCUCCGGGUUGGUUGGACGGCCACAGCAGGGUCCAUGGGUGGGGAGAUUUAAACUCAGUGCCCUGGUGGCCGAAGAAGGAGGCUGAAGAUGGGACCGGGGAGGCUGGUGCCCAUGCUGGUCCUGGCGCUUGUGCUGGCCAUGGGGUCCCAGCCACAGGAACAGCUGCCCAGGGAGGCCCACAGCCUCAACUGGAAGAAGUUUUCAGGGUUCUGGUACAUUCUGGCUGUUGCCUCCGAUGGCCAGGGGUUCUUGCCUGGCAGACACAGGAGGAAGCUGGGGGCAUCCACGGUGAAGGUUCACAAAGUGGGCCAGCUGAAGGUGGUCCUGGCCUUUAGCCGGUCACAAGGGUGCCAGGCAUACACGUUAAUUCUUCGGAAAGAUGGGAAGAAGGCGGUGUUCAGGAACACACUGAAGGGGGUGGAGGGUUUCCACGUGCUGUCCACGGACUACAGCUUCGGCGUGGUCUACCUGCACCUGGGCCGCGCCGGCCGGACCGCCAAGAUGCUACUGUUCUUAAGCAGACGGAACACGUCCAGCUUCCCGAGCAUGAAAAGAUUCGUAGACAUAUGUGAGACUUUGGAGCUCGCCGAUGGUGUGACCGUUCUUCCGAAAGACGGUAACACGUGGUCGAGAGCCCUCCCCCCACCCCCACCACUGUCCAGGUCCGCGCCAUGCCUGGCCCCGUCCGCCUGUUAGGGUCGGCUCGCCGGGGGCAGAGAGAGGAGGGGUGACAGCGGUCUCUUCCAAGCCCCGUGGGAGGUGCUCCCCUUCCACGGCCCUGUCCUGCAUCAGCACCAGGCUUGUCCUGCCGACGGGCGUGGGUGGGUGGCACCGGGCAGCCCGUCUGGUCUGGGCUCUGUGGCCGUGGCUGGAGGACCCGGGCAGUGUCCCACACCAGCACACGAGAAACCGGGGAGAGAAAGGGAACGCUCGUGGGCAGACCGGCCCCCACCGGGCAGUGCCCCCUCAGUGCCCCUCUGCCUCCACAGCCUCCUGUGCGCACACCAUCCUGCCCUGAGGGCCACCACCUUUACUUUGGGGCUCUGCUCGUGGCCCUCCGAGACCCCAGGAGCGUUCUUCGCGGUUCCGGGAGUUCGCACGCUGAGAGGUGUUUGGUGACCCCGGGCCGCUGAUGGGGUGAAGUCCAAGGGCCGUGGCUCUAGCCCAAGAGGGAUCCUUGAUGAUCCUCAGGAGCUGGGGAUAGGAGGGCACGUGCUGGCCGGCAGGGAGAGUCCAGUCCUGGCCCGUCAGCUCGUGCCCUCCAGGUUCCACGGCCGAGAGGGGCUGUCACCUCCUGUCUGCUGGGAAAUAGACCUCGGACCGGUCCAGUGUAAUCCUUGCCGCGUGUCUUCUCUGCAGUGAGUCUGCGCACCGCUCCCCGGGCUCCCCGACACCCCACACUUCCCCAGGAAGCCGCUCACUCCUUCGGGAAACACAUAUAAGCACCCGUGACACGCCAGGCACGUGCUUGCUGCUGGCGAGAGGGCAGUGAGCAAAACAGGCAAUAGCUUAUUAGAAUUUGGGGACUAUCCGCCUCUGAGGGAGAGGGCCUCGAGAGUCCUAGAUGCCUUCUGUACAGCUGCACAAGGACUACGCACACCAUAAUUCUUCCAGAGUCUUCACAAAGACGUUACCCUAAUGAGGUGCCUGCAGGAAGAGGCUUUGACCACCUCACACUUUCUGUGCCAGUCUCCUGGCUCGGCUCGGCUGGGAGCCUCAGCCCCACGGUCACCCAGGAAGCCAGGGCUGCAGCCUCAGCGGAGGCUCGACUGGGGCAGGGUCCGCCUCCAAGACCGCGACCGGGCACGUGCUCUUGGCAGGAUUCAGCCGGGACUGGGGGGUCUCAGGACUUCUGUGUCUCAGCCCGGAGCCUCUGCAGGUUCUUGGCACUGGGCCUCCUGGGGCAGCUCAUAUUGUCUGCUCUUGCUUCGUCAGAGAGAGACACACACACAGACACACAGACUGACACAGAGACAGAGAACGGACCCGGGAGAAAAGGAACCCGGAGAAACCACAGGCUUUCAUGAACCACCUUGUAAGCGACACCCAUCGUUAUAUUCUCUCCCUCAGAACCGAUCACACGGGCCUUCCACCGGCGAGGGGAGGGGAUGUCACGAGGAUACAAGAGGCUGUGUUAGCAAAAGUGGGCACAUGUCGGAGACAGAGACCCUUGUUUGUGCUGUGACACCACAGCCUGACGCCAGCAGGGACACAGCCGGUCCUCCCGUGGCCCAAACAGAAACCGGGAGAUGCAGAAGGCCAGACGGUCACACCACAGAGGGGAGAGCAUCCCUCACGACCCAGGGCCAGAAGGUUCACAGGCCUCUGGGCCAAAUAAUGCGCCAAAGCCAGUGCUUUCCCCG